AUGUCAAGCCGUCGCGUGUGCGGAAGUAACCAAAUGUCAGGCACCCGCUCUCUUGGGACCAGAUAUUUCAAAUGGGGUAAGGGGUAGCUUGCAAGAUAUUGGGCCGAGUUGACAAGAAAACAAAAAGCGUUUUCGAGACAAGGUUGAGUUUUGGUCGGGGACCCCAACCACACCCCUGACUCUUGACAAUGUUUUGAGUUCGAGGGCCCAAGUGAGGGAGGAUGGCCUCCGCAGCAGCGCCCGUGGUAGAGUUCAUCGCGACGGGGUUGAGUUUACGGCAGAUGCAGACGGGCCAACGAGGACCUGCGCAUACACAUGAUGUGCUGCUACUGCCGCGCCGGCCAUUGACUUGCAAAAGCAGAUGAACCCGCCCCCUCCCCUUCCAGACUUGGCCGAUUCCGUGCCAACAAGAUCUCGAUCGGGACCAACUCGCCCCCCUCCCUCCGUUUCGGAGUCUUACUGUUGUUCUACUUUUGUCUUUUCUUCUAGCCUUUUCCUGUUUUCCAUCCCCCCCCAUUUUACCUACCUUUCCGAUGCCAAUUCUAUCUUUCCCCAUAGCACUUUCCGAUGUGGAGAUCCGCGGAACUCUCUGUGUCAUCUAGCACGGGAGUGGCAAUUUUUUCGAAGGAAGGAUAUCAAGGAGGUGCCCGUCGAGUGGGGGGCGCCUUUCAACUGCUGUCGGCAGUCUUGCCAUAUGAGAUGGUGGUCUUUGGGAUCGAUACAUGUGCUCCGUGGAAUGGCAGAGAGUGGAGGAUCUGAAGAUGGAGAGGAUUUGGGUGCUGCGGUGGUCCUUGUCUUGGGCGGCUUGCAACCCGUUCGCGAGAGAGAGAGAGGGCGACUCUGCUCGGAUCCAGCCGGAUGCAGAGCUGGUAGUGCACCCGGAGUCUACGCCUGUCUCGGGAUGAUAUGGUUCUGCCUCCCACCAGCAGCAGCAGCGAGAGCCCGAAGAGGGGCGCGAGAGGGGGAAAUCCUGAUCCAGGAGCUACACGGAAUUUGGGGAAUUGCUGGUAUACCGAGUUUUUUUUAAUCGUGCUGAGACCCCGGAAGACGGAUAUAUACAAUCGUCUCAAUGAUUCGGAAUAUCAGAGGGUGAACCGGGUUGAACCA